AAGGCGGAAGUGAGACGAGGACUUCCCUCUGGACAAUUAUUCAUUCCUCUGGGAGACAGAGUGAGAGGACUGCAGACAUGUCCACAGCCUACAGAAACAGAAUACAGGAGUUCAAAGUGGCCUUGAGUGAAGAAAACAUAAACCUGAAGGCACUAAGGGAGUUAUGCUUCAAUGGAAUCCCAUUUGAAGGCGGCAUACGUGCACUUUGCUGGAAGAUUCUUCUCAAUUACCUCCCUGAUGAUCAGACACUGUGGGAGUCGUUCCUCAAGAAGCAGAGGGGCGUAUACUCGCAGUUCUUGAAGGAAAUGAUCAUACAGCCUGGUAUUGCCAAAGCCAACCUGGGCCUUUCUAGAGAAGACGUGACCAUGGAGGACCAUCCUUUAAAUCCAAACCCAGACAGUCGAUGGAAUACCUACUUUAAAGAUAACGAGAUUCUGCUGCAGAUCGACAAGGACGUGAGGCGGCUGUACCCAGACAUGGCGUUCUUCCAGCGUCCCACUGACUAUCCCUGCCAGCUCAUCCUGGAUCCUCAGAACGACUACGAGACUCUGCGGCGUCGCGUCGAGCAGACAACGCUGAAGGCUCAGACUGUGAACCGCAACCGCAGCGGAGUCACCAACGUCAGUUCACCUGGAAAGUCCCUGAACCUGUAUCCAUCCAACGAGUAUGAGGUGCUGCCCAACGGCAGUGAAGCUCACUGGGAGGUCGUGGAGCGCAUCCUCUUCAUCUACGCCAAACUCAACCCAGGAAUCGCCUACGUGCAAGGCAUGAAUGAGAUCGUCGGGCCGAUCUACUACACGUUCGCCACAGACCCCAACAGUCAGUGGAAAGAGCACGCUGAGGCCGAUACGUUUUUCUGCUUCACCAACCUGAUGUCGGAGAACAGGGACAACUUCAUCAAGAGCCUGGACGACUCUCAGUGUGGCAUCACGUACAAGAUGGAGAGCGUGUACUCGAUGCUCAAGGGCAAAGACCUGGAGCUCUUCAUGAAGCUGGAAGAGCAGAACAUCAAACCCCAGUACUUCACAUUCCGCUGGUUGACGUUGUUGUUGUCUCAGGAGUUCCUGCUGCCGGACGUCAUCCGCAUCUGGGACACGCUGUUCUCCGACGAGGGUCGAUUCCACUUCCUCAUCGUGGUCUGCUGUGCCAUGCUCAUACUCAUCAGAGAGAACUUACUGGCCGGAGACUUCACCGUCAACAUGAGGUUACUGCAGGAUUAUCCGAUCUCGGACGUCCACACGAUCCUGACCAAGGCCAAAGAUCUGCAGGACAACGCUUAACCUGUCGUCCCCUCCUCCUCCUCCUCCCCGUGCACGGGUGUGGUAGGUGGAGCUCCAACGUUACAAACUGUAUCACGUGUGACAUGUUUUUGUGUGGGCGGAGCCCGGCCUCGUGUGUUUGUAAAAAUCAGCACCCUGCCUUCUGAACUGGAUAAGUGAUGUGUGACCAGUGGGGGGCGCUGUGUGGACGUGCCGAAACUAUCGCUUCCUCAGAAGUUGGAGAAGAUGUAGGAGGAGGCGAUACCACUUGCUUCUUGACGCAUUAUGCGAUAUAGACUGACCUGGGAUAAGCAGCGGUCGUCCUCUCAUGGCCACCGCGUUGCCCUGACGGUGGCCGACGGUUGAACGGAAAGACCCACUGCAUUCAGGCAAGCUGUCCGGGCGAGCGGUUCAGUGGGCGGAGCGACAGCGCAUGUUUGUUUUUAAACCUUUUUAAUGUCAGAAAUUCUAUGUUUGCCUUAUCAAGAUCAGUUUCAACCACGUGGCGCGAAGUGAUGGGCGGGGCCUAAUGCAGACGUAAAACGGGGUCAGUGGCGGUGAACAAAGAUGCCAAAGCUUCCUCCCACUGUAUGGAAAAUUUAAGCUAAGAUGUCUCGCACUCUGUUGCUGCCAUGCUGUAAUUGUCAUGUGAAUGGGCGGGGCUUAUGAUUAUACUGCAGCCAACCACCGGGGGGCAAUACGGAUGUUUUACUAUCUUGAUCAACAAUUAUUGAUUUGAAAGUUGCCCUUUUGUCAACUGGAAAUAUAGACACAGUUUGCUUUGACAGUAUAACAUCUGAGAUUAAAUGGUGGUGUUUGUCACAAUGAACAUAAAAAUAAUAACUUAAUAUUUGCAAAGUUUUUCCGUCAACCUGGGUUUUUCAGGGACAACAGAAAAUGUUUCCAAAGGUUUCCCGUUCAUAUUUAAAGAACACAUUCGGAGAUCGUCUCAUCGUACAUGUUUCUAAUAGCAGGAGAACGAGCAUUUUUAAAUCAAACAAACAAACAAACAGGUGAGGGGGGCGGAGCCUGGGUCAAGCUGCAGGAGGCGGGACAUUUGCUUGCUGUGAAUUAUCCAGAGAUUUUCCUGCUGACAUUUUGUCUUGAGGGUCUUUUAUGGAUAUUUACGUUCUUACUGGGGUCGCAACUGAUGAUUGUUUUCAUUAUUCAUUAUUUUCUUGAUCAGUUGAUCUGUUCAUUGGGUUUCCUUAACCUGAAAAAAUGUGUGUUUCUCAAAUGUUGGGUUUUUUUUAAGGAAAGAGGAGCAAAGAAACCAGAAAAUAUCCUCAUUUAAGGAAGCUGAGAUAUCACAAAAUGUAUAAAAAACAAAUCAUACAGAUCAGUCGAUCAUCAAAAUAGAUGGCGACCAGUGCUGGAUUUCAUUUACAGCCUCUCUAGACUGAAGUGUGGGGUUUUUACAUGAUUUUUUUCUGGCUCAUACAUUUAGCCAAUUUUCUUCCAUCUGAUAAAAUACAACUGUUUAAAGAUAACAAAUAAUACAAAAUGCUUAACUUCAGUAACCAGUUAAUGAACAACACUAAUGGUUUGUCACGUUAUCUCUCUGCAGUGUAAUUACAUAAAGUAUUUUAUGAAAUACAUGAAAUGGGUCAAGUAGCUUUUGCAAGGAAAAUAAAGCUUAAGUCUAAGUUUCUGAGAA